AUGGCAAGCCCUCACCCCCCUUCCCCGAUCUUACUUCUUGACGACGAGGAACUCCAAGAGGACCAAAACGCAGCACCGGGAUUCAAUGAUGAUGAAGAAGAUGAAGACGAUGAAGACGAAGAAGAAGACGAAGACUUAAUUGACACGGAUUAUGCUGUGUACAUUGCAUCACUACAUCAUUCUGGUGUUUCUCAUAACGGCGCCGGAAAUUCUCAUGAAACAGUGGCGAGCAAUGGGGCUGAGGAAUGGGGGCGUAAGCGGAGAAGAGCUGGAGAAGGCAAAACGGCGUCGCGCGAUGGAAUUGGCAGUGCAGAGAGUUCCCAAGGCAGCCACUGGACUCGGAAUGAAAUCGAUGGGCUAUUUUGCCCUAUUUGCUUGGAGGCUUGGACCAACGACGGUGAUCAUCACAUCUGUUGCCUUCCUUGUGGGCACAUAUAUGGUAUGUCCUGCAUAAGAAAAUGGCUACAGCAGCGUAAAAAUUCAGGGAAGUGCCCUCAAUGCAACAAGAAAUGCGCGUUAAAGGAUGUUAGGAAACUUUUUGCUUCACGAAUUGUUUCUGUUGACGAAGAAUCGCAAAAGAUGAUUCGGUCACUUGAGGCUAAAUGUGAUUCUCUUGAGAAGAAGGGAGCUGGUUGGUGUAAGAAAGAAGCUCAAUGGCAAAAGUUAGAGGCUGAACUGCAGCUUAAAGUUCAGAAGCUUACAGAGAGGACAACAUAUUUGGAGCGUUUAUUAGGAGACACGCAUAGCAGAACAUCUGGACAAGUCAAUGCUCAUGGGGCCGUUGAAGGAAGAUUUGCAUCUGGUAACACAAUCUUAGACAAAAAAUCUUAUGGGUGGAACUUUGACUCAAAGCUCUGUGGACAAGAGUAUUCUUGCAAUUUCAUAUUAGAUAAGGAGUUGCAGGUAGAUGGUGCUCGUUUAUUUGAUGUUGAUGCAUCUAACCAAAUUGUGUUAAUUUCACGAAGGCUUGCUGGGAUAGGUGGGACACAAGCGCUUACCAAAUUGAGUUUGAUACCUCCGUAUGACAGAGAUGAUAUUCUCCUUCCUAGAUCUAUAAAAGUCAUUAGGGACCUACACAUUUGCCCUACGAACAGUGACCUUGCACUGUUUGCUUGCCUAGGGAAGAAGUUGUCAGUUCUCAGUAUGGAAAGCAACAAUGUCAUCCUUGCCUAUGAUCUACCGGCUGCUGCUUGGACAUGUUCCUGGGAUCUCAAUGACUCGAAUUAUGUAUAUGCUGGAUUACAGAAUGGCUCUCUUUUGGUGUUUGACUUGCGCCGAACUGCAGGGCCUGUUGCAACGAAAAAGGGGCUGACAAACAACCCAAUUCAUACUGUACAUUCCCUUCCAAAUAAUUCAGCUCUCCCUGCUGGUGCUAGAACAGUGCUGUCCGCUUCUUCAAUUGGCUUAUGUCUGUGGAACGUUGAUAAUGCUGAAGAAGGGCCGAUAUUGGUUCCUCAAACGGAGAAUCAAGGAGUUUGCAUAUCUCUUGCUUAUUGUCCUAGCAGUGACAACAUUGUCGCUUCCUAUCGUCCCAAAGUGGAAAUGUCCGAUGACACAAUCUUCUCUCAACCACCGCUUACUCCUUCCCGUGGUGGCAUUGGACAAGGAACAGUGGGUUCCCUUGUUUUACUAAAGAGAGCAGACAGCAGCAACUGUUUUAAAAGGUUGGGAUCUGCAUGCACCAACGUCUGUGAUAUCGGACUGCCAAAAUCUGCAAUCAUCGACUUAGGAAAUCAUCGCACAUUGUUUGCAUCAGAGGAUAAGUUAAGUUCCAAAUUGGUUUUAGAAGAGUUGCCAUCUUUUACUACCUUCCAGAGCCUUAAGUUGCAUAAAGAUCCUGUUCGCGAUCUCAAGUACACUCCUGCUUUGAAGAAAGGUCUGCUUGGUUGUUUAAGCGGUGACAUACUGCAACUCUUCAGUACCAGGCUUUCAUGA